AUGUCAGGAUCUACCACUGUGACGCCUACCAUUUUCCGAGAAUACAUUGGCAUGGGAGAUUAUAUAAAUCGUUUUCCUGAUGAAAUGAUCAAUGCCAACAUGGAAGAAUUCCACUUCAUUCUGUGCUUUGCCACAGAGACGCAUGUUGACGGAAAAGGCACAGGAGAUUUUGGCAGCAAUUGGAGCAUCACCAGCUUUAGUCCAGAAAAGGUGGUGGAACUAAAGAAAAAGCUUAAGAACGUGAAAGUGAAAGUGGUAAUAAGCAUAGGAGGCAAUGGCCCUGAAAAUACAUUCAACCCUAAGGAUAAUGAAGACUGGAUUGUGAAUGCCACAUCAUCAAUCAAAGGGAUCAUCCUAAACUACCAGACCAAAGUCCCCAACGAUGACGUACUUGACGGUAUUGAUAUUAACUAUGAAAACAUCAGUUCCAGUAUCAGUGACUUUUCCAACUGUAUAGGACAGGUGAUAAAACUACUCAAGGAUGAUCCAGUUGUUUCCAAAUCCAUGAAAGUGGUGUCCAUUGCUCCAACAAGGGAUUCCCAACCCCACUACCUCAAACUGUAUCUCGACAACAAACGCAUUAUUGACUGGAUUGACUACAAGUUCUACAAUGAGUAUUUUAACACAGCGGAGGAUUUUGAAAAGCUCUUUAAAAAACUAGUUACUGAAUAUUGA